AUGCUCGGACUCAAGGCGACGAUGGCAGUCAUCGACAACACCGGCGCCCUGGUGGCCGAGUGUGUGAAUGUGCUGAAGAACCCGACACGGCAUGGCCUGGCGCGCGUCGGCGACGAGAUCGUCGUCGUCGUGCAAAAGGCACGGCCCAUCACCAACGUCGCCGGCCAGUCGUCGGCCGGCGGCAACAAGGUGCGGCGCGGCGACGUGCGGCACGCCGUCGUGGUGCGCACCAAGAAGGAGAUGACGCGCCCCGACGGGCGCACGGUGCGCUUCGACGACAAUGCCUGUGUGCUGCUCAACAACAAGCGCGAGCCGGCGGGCACGCGCAUCAACGGCGUCGUCGCCGCCGAGCUGCGCCAGGCCGGCUGGAGCAAGAUUCUCGCCCUCGCACCAAAGGUCGUCUAG